AGGCGUGCGUACUGAGGUCAGCGGAGUGAGCUCCACUACGAAAAAAAAGUGUCACUCAUUUACUUCAAAAUAGUCUUUAAUUAUUUAAAAUGGCUUCGCUGUGUGGCAGACUUGUAAAGUUUGCUGGAAGACAAAAUGCCCUGUGUGGUAGCAAACGACUUUUUGCCGUAAAAAUUACAAUGGGAGAUCCUAUAGAGCACGCCACGGGACUUGAAAAGCGCGAGCUCUUAGCAAGAAUUGCAGGAAAUGAAGAUCCUUAUGCCUCAAGUAUAAGGAAGAGAGGGCCAGGUACAAAAAAUCAACCAAAUGAAGUUCCAUCUGCUUUCGACUCUCGUAUUAUAGGAUGUGUUUGCGAAGAAGAUUCUACUAGUAUUAAUUGGAUGUGGGUUCAUAAAGGCCAUCCCAAGAGAUGUGAAUGUGGUCAUUGGUUCAAUCUUGUCCAUAGAGCUCCAGUAUAAAAAUACUUUGUUUAAAUUAGUGUUUUCAGAAAUACCUAUUAUUCUGUAAUUUAUCGUAUAUAUCUUCAAAAAUAAAUAAAAACAAAAUUUUAGUAGUGUCUAGAAGGA